AUGCCGGGCCCGUCGAACCACGGGCAGCGGAACAAAGCGCACAACCACGGGAAACACCAAUCGAAACACACGUCGAAAUUGCACAAAACGGGAACACGUGGGGGCGGCGUCUUGAAAAAAAUUGGAAAGGCGAAUUUAGGCGUCGGGAAUAAGCGAGAGCGAUUGAUACGAGCGAAGCAGGCGAGAGACGCGAAUAAAAGGAUGGUUUCGUACGAGAAGAAGUUGGAGAAGAUGGCGCCGAAAGUGGUGGCGGUGAUGACGUGUGAUGGUGGGGAUUACGACGCCUCAGAUUUGAGAGAUUUCUUGGGGAAGUUUGUGAACAGUUGCGAGAGGAGGAAAGAGCUCGCAAACGAGGGGUUCGUGGUGGCGGAGAAGUUGUUUCACGCGCCGAAUUUGCCGCAGACGGUACGAGUGGAAUUGCACGAUCACAGGUUCCAAAUUAUGCUCGUCGAUCACGGGCAUAAAUUGGCGGCGUUGGAGGCGAUCAAGUCGGCGGACGUUUUGGUGUGCGUGGCGUCGGCGCACUCGAAAAAAGAGGAAAAGUACGAUCCGCCGAACGAGCAGUUGGUGGAAUCGACGAUGCCGACUUUACGCGCGCAAGGGUUGCCACCAACGGUGGUGGCGUUGAGGAACUCGAUGAAAGUCAGUCCGUCGGAACGAAACGCGGCGAGAAAACUCGGGAUGCGGAUAGCGACGGAGGAGAUUUUGAGCGUGCCGAAAGAUCGGGUAAAGUCGCAAUCGGUCGAUACCGAGCAAGAGAUGAAGAUGUUGGUGAGAAUGGUAUGCGAACAAAGAGCCCAAGCGCCGGCUUGGAGAACGCAAAGACCGUAUAUCAUUUCCGAACUAUCUACGAUUGAACCGAUCAGUGAACACUUGUCCAAUUUAGUCGUCGAAGGGUACGUUCGAGGGUGCGGCGUGAGCGCGAACCAGUUGUUUCACGUGCCCGGAGUUGGAGAUUUUCCUCUGGAGAAAGUGGAACUGAUCGAAGAGCGAGUGACGAAAAGGCAUAACACGAAGAAUAAGAGUAGUAAUAGUAAGAGUAUUAGCGAUUUAGAAAUGGGGAAAGUGAGACAAGAGGCUUUAGAAACCUUCGUUCCGGAUCCGGAAAAGAGAGAGCCGGUCGUGCGAGAGAACAAACCGCCAAACGACGUGGAAUACGACGAAGACGCGCACGACGCGAGAUUAGAACACUUGAAAUGGGAAGACGAGGAGAAGAAGAAAGUGAUGAUGCGAUUGAAACCGAAAGGAUGGUCGGAUUACCAGGCAUCUUGGCUUCCCCGAGACGAAAGCGACGACGAAGGGUCGCUCUUCGAAGAAGAAGACGAAGAAGAUGCCGACCAAGGCGAUUUUAUUCGAGAAGAGGAUGCUAAAAUGAAUGAUGAUGAUGAUAAUGAUGAUACUGAUGGUGGUGGUGAUGGUGGUGGUGGUAAUGAAAGAACAACAAAGACAACAACAAUGACGAUAUCCACCGGAAAAGGAACGACGAACCAAAACGAGAACAACGGUGACGAGGAAAUGAUGACGAUGGAUGACCACGAAGAAGGCGACAUCGAAUACGAUUCCGACGAAGAAGAACAAGAACAUUGGGACGGUGAUUUACAAGGCGAUAUAUCUUCCGACGACGACGAAGAGACGCUAAAAAACUUGCUCGAAGCGUCGAAAGAUAGCGCGAAACGCGCGAGAUUACGCGCGUUGGAGGAUGAAAAUUUCCAGUACCCGGACGAAGUUGAAUUCCCGGAAGACGUCGAAGCGCGCCGACGUUUCGCGAAAUACAAAGGGUUGAAAUCGUUUCGAACGUCCCCGUGGGAUCCGAAAGAAAAUUUACCGAGAGAUUACGCGCGUGCAUUCGCUUUGGCGAGUUAUAAGCGACUCGGUAAACGCUCGAAAGAGUAUUUGGAAACGACCAUGGAUUUAGACGUCGGUUCGUACGUUCGAUUGACGAUUAAGGGCAUCCCGACGGUGUGCUUGGAGAACUUGUUAGAUCCGCAAUCGUCCACGUUUUACUCCUCAAAAAUUCCUUCGUCGGUGCAACUGCAAGUUGGCGAUGCCGGUGGACUCGGGGGAGGUGUUGGCCAACCGUGGCGAGGGUGGACGGGAGGCGCUGGCGCUUUAGUCGUUUCUGGUUUACUCCGCCACGAAUCGCGCAUGACGGUCAUGCACUUUGGCGUUCAAAAACGAAAAGAGUACACGGACCCGGUCCCAUCGAAACACUCGAUGUGGUGGCACGUCGGUUUUAGACGCGAGAAAGCGAAAGCUAUAUUCAGUCACGACGGUUUAAACGCGGACAAGUUUAAAUUCGAACGAUUCUUACCGCCUCGCGUCCCGGCUAUGGCUUCUUUGUUCAUGCCCAUCACGUUUGGUCCCGCGCCGGUGUUGGGAUUUAGCGAAAAAAUCGGUGCCGGCGGCGCCAUUCAAACCGCUUUAGUGUGUUCUGGUAACGUUCGCGCGGCAAACCCUGACCGCAUCGCUUUGAAACGCGUCGUGCUCACGGGAUUCCCGUUUCGCACGCACAAACACAAAGGCGUCAUUCGGUACAUGUUUUUCAACGCCGAAGACGUCAAGUUUUUCUCACCACUCGAGUUAUGGACGAAAUACGGUCGACGCGGUAAAAUAACCGACGCGUUAGGUACACACGGUCACAUGAAAUGCCUCUUCAACGGCGUCAUUUUGCAACACGAUACUGUUUGCGUGACCAUGUUCAAGCGCAUGUUCCCGAAACUCGAGCGGCACCAACACAACGCGACGAACCAGAACAGCGAAAUCGAAUUAGAAAAUAGAAUGCACGAUAGGAGAGAGUUUGAACAGACGGGUGAUAAAAUGCAAAUGUAUUAA